AUGGCACCCCCUCUGACUUCUAAGGUCUACGUCGACGGGGUCUAUAUCCCCGCGGCGCUCAUUGUCAUCGGCACCGCCAUCGUCAAGCGGGACUGGGUCGUCUACAGCGUCGCCCUUGCAUUGGCUCUGGGCACAUGGAAAUUUUUCCAGCUCAAGCCCAAAAAGGUCCUUGACCCGACCAAAUUCAAGGAGUUCGAGCUCAAGGAGAAGACCAUUAUAUCCCACAACGUCGCCAUCUACCGUUUCUCCCUCCCAUCGCCGACUUCGAUCCUUGGUCUCCCCAUCGGCCAGCACAUCUCCAUCGGUGCCGACAUCCCCCAACCUGAUGGCAGCAGCAAGGAGAUCGUGCGGUCAUACACCCCAAUCAGUGGCGAUGAGCAGGCUGGUUACGUCGACCUGCUGAUCAAGUCGUACCCCACCGGCAACAUCUCCAAGUACAUGGCCGGGCUCUCGGUCGGCCAGACCAUCCGCGUCAGGGGCCCCAAGGGCGCCUUUGUGUACCAGCCCAACAUGGUCCGCCACUUUGGCAUGAUCGCCGGCGGCACCGGCAUCACCCCGAUGCUCCAAGUCGUUCGCGCCAUCGUCCGCGGCCGUGCCGCUGGCGACACUACCCAGGUCGACCUGAUCUUUGCCAACGUUACCAAGGAGGAUAUCUUGCUCAAGGAGGACCUGGACGCACUCGCAGCCGAGGACAAGGGAUUCAGGGUACACUAUGUUCUGGACAGGCCGCCUGAGGGCUGGACCGGCGGUGUUGGCUUUGUUACGCAGGACAUGAUCACCAAAUGGCUCCCCAAGCCGGCAGAUGAUGUCAAGAUCCUGCUGUGCGGUCCCCCGCCUAUGGUGAGCGGUCUGAAGAAGGCUACCGAGGCUUUGGGUUUCAAGAAGGCGCGCCCGGUGAGCAAGCUUGAGGACCAGGUCUUUGCCUUUUAA